AUGAGAAAACGCGAUCUAGCCAUUCUCAUGCUCUCCGCGUUCGCCAUCUUCUUUUCUCUCCAGGUAUUGGAGCCGCAUUCAAGAAGAGUAGAUGAGGGGUUUAGUGAAGCGAGAUUGUUAACGGAACUAUCACUAUUGCCUGAUAAAACACGGGUUGCGACUGGUAGACGUGCAGUGGCUAUGGCGACUGGUGUAAUUGAUAGGAGAUAUAAGGAAGGGCAACCAUUAAAGCAAGUUUUGGUUGUUGUUACUUCAGGGUGGUUUGUUAUGUGCUUUGAUCAUAACCUUAAGAAGUUGUGGGAAACUAAUGUGCAGGAGGAUUUUCCGCAUAAUGCACAUCAUAGGGAGAUUGCAAUAUCAAUAAGUAACUAUACAUUGAAGCAUGGGGAUACGGGGUUGGUUAUCAUUGGUGGGAGAAUGGAAAUGCAGCCACAUCAUGUUCAAUGCAUUGGCUUUGAAUUUUCUCAAGGUAGAAUAGGAAGUAAUACCUCACAGCUGUGGAAAUAUGAUGCUUAUGAAGCAUCUCCUAAUAUUAUUUAUUUAGAUCCUUUUGAAGAAAUUGUUACGGCAGAGAAAAGUGCCGAGCAGCAUAGAAGAAGUGCUGGUGAGAAAGAGCCAUCAGAGAAUUCUGGAACGGUGAAUUUACGCCAUUUUGCCUUGUAUGUUUUAGCUGGUCGAACUGGUACCCUUCGAUGGAGUAGAAAGAACGAGAACAUGGAAGCACAGUCUUCAGAUGCUGUGUCACAGUUGAUUCCACAACAUAACUACAAGCUUGAUGUGCAUGCUUUAAACAGUCGUCAUCCUGGAGAGUUUGAAUGCAGGGAAUUUAGGGAAUCAAUUCUUGGAGUUAUGCCACAUCAUUGGGAUAGGAGAGAAGAUACUGUAUUGCAGCUAUCACACUUUAGGCGCCACAAAAGAAAAACAUCAAAAAAAUCAAAUGGAAAGACCUCAAACUACCCCUUCCACAAGCCUGAGGAAAACCAUCCUCCUGGGAAAGACUCAACAAAGAAAAUUUCAAACCUGAUUGGGAAAGCUGCAAAAUAUGCUGGCUCAACAAAAUCGAAGAAGCCAUCACACUAUAUUCCAACCAUUACAAACUACACUCAGCUUUGGUGGGUUCCUAAUGUUGUUGUGGCACACCAAAAGGAAGGGAUAGAAGCUGUUCAUUUGGCCUCCGGCCGCACCCUUUGUAAGCUUCAUCUUCAAGAAGGUGGCCUUCAUGCUGAUAUUAACGGUGAUGGAGUCCUAGAUCAUGUCCAGGCUGUUGGAGGAAAUGGAGCCGAGCAAACUGUCGUUAGUGGAUCAAUGGAAGUGCUGCGACCUUGUUGGGCUGUUGCAACUUCAGGUGUACCAGUGCGGGAGCAACUUUUCAAUGCUUCUAUAUGUCAUCAUUCGCCAUUUAACUUAUUCCAACAUGGAGAUUUCGGCAGAAAUUUUGGUCGAACUGAUGUAUCUUCUUUAGAGGUGGCGACCCCUAUUCUCAUCCCAAGAAGUGAUGGCCAUAGGCAUCGCAAGGGGAGUCAUGGUGAUGUUGUCUUCUUAACAAGUCGAGGGGAGGUGACAUCAUACUCUCCUGGCCUGCAUGGCCACGAUGCUGUUUGGCAAUGGCAAAUACUGACAGGUGCUACAUGGUCAAAUCUUCCUUCUCCGUCAGGGAUGAUGGAAGGUGGUAUGGUGGUUCCCACAUUAAAGGCAUUCUCUUUGCGUGCGCAUGACAAUCAGCAAAUGAUCCUUGCAGCUGGUGAUCAAGAAGCAGCAGUUAUAUCUCCUGGAGGAAGUAUCCAGACAUCAGUCGAUCUUCCUGCACCACCCACUCAUGCUCUGAUCUGUGAGGAUUUCUCAAAUGACGGACUUACUGACCUAAUUGUUGUGACAUCAAAUGGGGUGUAUGGCUUUGUCCAGACUAGGUCACCAGGUGCCCUCUUCUUCAGCACGCUGGUUGGCUGCCUUUUAAUUGUGAUGGGAGUUAUCUUUGUCACCCAACACUUAAACUCCACGAAGGGGAAACCACAUGCUUCAUCUGGUCCUCGAUGA